GACAUAUAUACGUCUAUGGUAGAUCCCGUCGCGCUCGUCUCUCUGCUGCUUAAUUAUCUUUGUGUGAAAUCAGCGCAUUUGCAGCGCAGUGGCUUAUGGGUGUGCGCGAGGGAGGAAAAUGGCGGACCUGGUGAACGAAGAGAAACCUGCCAUUGCUCCACCUGUGUUUGUGUUCCAGAAAGAAAAAGGUGCAAAGAGAUCAGCUGAUGGGUCCAGCGGAGAGGAUGGAGAAGAUUCUGAUAAGGAGGAUGCGUGCUACUGCCCUCCAGUGAAGAGAGAGAGGACGUCGUCCCAAACACAGUUCCCCCCCUCACACUCAGUUUCUAAGAACAAUGUGUUCCUGCCUGCCAGUUUCUGCCAGUCAUCCACAGGAAACUCUGACUCAGAGCCAGAGGAGAAGACUGUGGGCUUUCGCCUGAAGCCUCCCACCCUGAUCCACGGCCAGGCCCCCAGUGCAGGUGUCCCGAGUCAGAAGCCCAAGGAGCAGCUGCGCACUGUGCUCCGCCCCGCUCUCCUACAGGCCCCGCCCGCAAAGACCCUAACACAGUCCACUGUGACAACGGCAGACCCCAGCAGUGGGACGAACGGUGUGAACAAGGCGUCGGACACAACGUCGGAUGAGCAGCCAGUUACCCCGGGCAACGGUGACAGCACGGCACCCGCCGGUGGGGAGGGGUCCAUGUCAAAGGACGGGCUGCAGAGAGGAGGGGGGGCUGGCUCCAGAAACUCCGCCACAGACGCCUCCUUCGUUUUUGGCCAGAACAUCAAAGACAGAGCCAAGGUGGAGGAUAGUAGUGACUCUGUGUCCCAGGCUGCAGAUUCUCACUCAGGAGGAACCAAUUACUUUCUGCAGUACAUCAGCACCACCAGCUCUCAGAACGCCGUAGGCAAUGCCGACUCUGGGGCCAAAUUCAUUUUUGGGCAGAAUAUGUCUGAACGAGUCCUGAGCCCCCCAAAGUGCAGCGACUCAUUGGCAGAUGACCCAGGGGAGACCCCCGCUGCCCCUCCGCCCGAACUCUCAACACAGGAACCUGCCACGGAGAAAGUGAACAGUACGGUGGAGUCUCUGGAGGAGUCGGCAGCUGCCUACACUAAGGCCACGGCCAGACACUGCCUGCUGGAGAAGGUGGAGGUUCUGACUGGGGAGGAGUCUGAGAGCAACGUCUUACAGAUUCAGUGCAAGCUGUUUGUGUUCGACAAGACGUCCCAGUCCUGGGUGGAGAGGGGGCGGGGCCUGCUUAGGCUCAAUGACAUGGCAUCCACCGACGAUGGAACAUUGCAGUCCAGAUUAGUGAUGCGUACGCAGGGCAGUCUGAGGCUCAUUCUCAACACUAAGCUGUGGCCGCAGAUGCAGAUCGAUAAAGCCAGCGAGAAGAGUCUGCGCAUCACUGCCAUGGACACCGAGGACCAGGGAGUCAAAGUCUUCCUCAUAUCGGCGAGCUCCAAGGACACGGGGCAGCUGUCUGCUGCGCUGCACCACCGCAUCCUGGCCCUGCGCAGCCGAGCCGAACAGGACGUGGAGGCCGCGCCCGCGCUGCCCGAUGUGCCGCAGUCCAACGAGGACGACAGCGAUGAGGACGUCAUGGCCCCCACAGCUGGAUCCGCUCCCGUCCCUCCGCCCGCGGCCAGCCCCGCCCCUGUCCCGCCCUCUGGUGUGUCAGAGCCUGGAGAUGCCCAGCACACAGGGAGCACAUAGCGCCACCUGUAGGCUGGCCGCGGACGUAGCCCCGCUCUGCGUGCAGGCACCUGUGUGGACGACUCAGCCAGGCCCUGCACUGGGGAAGGACCCCAUUCUGCCCACACAGAGCCCCUGGGGGGUCCGCUUCACAUUGUUUGGUUUUUGUUCCUUCUUUUUGACUGUAGAACUACAGCGCUGGGCUGGGACUGGAAACUCAUCAUAUUGAUGAGUAGGAGGAGCCCCCUGCCCCUCCCCUUAUGAGUAGGGGGAGCCCCCUGCCCCUCCCUUUAUGAGUAGGGUGAGCCCCCUGCCCCUCUCUUUAAGGUGUGGCACAUUUUAACACAGUUUAAAAAAACACGGGACCCUUUAGCUCCACCCCUUAGACUGCCAAACAUCUGGGGACUGACUUCCAGGAGAUGCAUCUUCCUCAUCCCCUUUCUCCUCCCUCUCUCUCUCUCUCUCCCCUUCCCCCUGCUUUUUCUCUCUCUCUCUCUCUAUCUCUCCCCUUCUCCCUGCCUUCUCCCUCUCCCUCCCCCCCUCUCUCUCUCUCCCCUCUCUCACUCUUACCCUCCCUCUCUCUCUCCCUCUCUUUAGUCCCCCUGGUCCGUUCUGUACCGCCUCUGUUCUGCACUGUUACAUUAUUUUGUUCCGUUUUGCUGAAUGUUUGUUUUGCUGAAUGUUUAUUUUGUUUUUUUUAACUGGACACCAGCAGAGAAUCUCAACCCUGUCUGUUAAAUCUGUAAGUCCUCCUGUCAUAGAACCUUGAUAUUAUAAGUCAAUAAAGAUGUUAAACACCCAUGCAGUGCUGAGCAGGGUCUAUUCAUGAGAGGAUUACAGUUACAAUAUCUUGCCUGUGCAGUUUGAGUGUCUCGCCUGUGCAGUCUGAGUAUCUCGCCUGUGCAGUCCGAGUAUUUUGCCUGUGCAAUCUCGCCUGUGCAGUCCGAGUAUUUUGCCUGUGCAAUCUCGCCUGUGCAGUCUGAGUAUCUCGCCUGUGCAGUCUGAGUAUCUCGCCUGUGCAGUCCGAGUAUUUUGCCUGUGCAAUCUCGCCUGUGCAGUCUGAGUAUCUCGCCUGUGCAGUCUGAGUAUCUCGCCUGUGCAGUCUGAGUAUCUCGCCUGUGCAGUCUGAGUAUCUCACCUGUUCUUUCAGUCAUAUCUCUGAAAGAACAUAAUCUGUGUUCUGCAACUGAAAUUGUAGGAUUUUGUUUUUGCUUUGUUUUUAAAGAAGUGAACUCUAGAUAAUCGAUAGACAUUCUAUAAACCCUGGUUUGAAUUCCAGUACCUUUUUGGGGGUGUGGAUUGUGUUGAAACUUAUUUUUUUAUCAAUAAUAUUAUAUUAACUUUUUUCCUAUUUGAUAUUUCAUUUUGUUAAUGAGCACAUGUUGGAGUGAAGUUUAUUUUUGUUUCCUUUGUUGCCGGUAAUUAAUUUUGUCUUUGCUACCCUUGAAUGCAGUGUACAUUUCCUCUUGUUUCUGAGUUUCUCCAUCUCUUGAAAAGAUGAAAUCCUGAGUAAAAAGGAGAUGUUUUGACAGAA